GAUUGCGAGCCCUCAUUAUAUCGGCGCUCAAAGCGUAUGAAAAGCUAACAGCUGGAAGGCAAUAUGCGAGUGCAUGGAAUUGGCGAUUGAUGACCAGCAGGAGGACAUGAAAUUCUAGGUACUGGUAAGGGUGAUAAACAGGAGAAGAGCAGCUUCAAGUCGACAGUGCUAAUUCCUUCUUCCAACCUCUCGACCCAAACCUGCCAAGGAGCGUAUGGCGCAUAUGCCAUGCAACCAACUCCUGGAUCUUAUCUUCACAAGCUCUUUCGCGAGCAACUGGUGGAGCAUCAAGCCACUGUGCGAGUACACCCAGCGGCCCGAUGCAUGUCUCAAAGAGGUACUUCUUGCUAUUACUAGCUUGAAUCGGAGCGGAGAGUACAAUGGAAUGUUGGAGUUUCAAUUUAGUCAAGAUUUGUUUUUCAGAAGUGAGGGAUCAAAUCUGGACCAAGUUCUCUUCCAGAAGGAGUCUCCGGUGAUAUGGGGGUGGAUGAAUAUGACGAGGACGAAGACGAAGACGAGGAUGACGACAUGGAGGAAGUUUAAAAUUUUUGUAUCACAGAUAAGUCUCACUGCUUUUUUCUAGUAUCUACUCAUCGUGUAUAUAUAGCUGCCUUCCAUUAACAAGCGCCGUUGUUGAUCAUGAACCAGUUCACCCGUGUGAAAACAGCUCCGAGGAUGGAGAGCCUUCUAACGUCAAAGGCUGUGACUUAUAUAACUC